AUGCCCCGACUACCGUAUCCCGCCCCUGCUGUCAACUACCGUAUUUUGAUAUGCCUCAUCCUCUACAAGAUGGCUCGUGCACAGUCGCCCAGCGUACUCGACAACGGCGUCAGCGGUCUACCGGAAGUGGAAUGUAUGGAGGACAGGGUGAAGCUGUUGUUCAACACCGCCCGCCCAUUUACAGGCCGAAUCUUUGUGAAGGGAAUGGUGGACAAGACGGACUGUGUACGUCGCUUUGAUACGAACACGAACAACUCGGUGGAAUUUGACCUGCUGAAUGGAGCGUGCAAUAUGCGGAGGCAUCGAAUGAUCCAACCGGACAAGCGUGGAAUGGAACAAUCAAUCACGGUCAUCAUCUCCUUCCAUCCCACAUUCAUCACAAAGGUCGAUAAGGCAUUCAGAUGCACCUGUUUCUACAUGGAAGCCGACAAAGUGGUCACUAGCCGUUUUGACGUCAGUAUGCUACCCACAACAGAUCUCAUCGAUACGGCCCGAAUGCCAUUAUGUACGUAUACCGUACGCCGUGAUUCUAUUGACGGGCCAGUGGUACAGUAUGCUACUGUGGGAGAGACGGUGUAUCAUGUAUGGCAGUGUGAAAGUGAUAUGUUCUCAAUGCUUGUCCAUUCUUGUUUUGUUGACGAUGGAAACGGCCAAGACCGGAAACCGAUUCUGGAUGAGAGAGGAUGUACCCUUGAUGAUGUGAUCGUCCCGGAAUUGACGUACAACUCCAAGAAUAAUUUGGCAUACGCGCCCGUUUCGGUCUUUAAAUUUGCCGACAAGGUGACAACCUAUUUCCAAUGUGCCGUCAGUACUUGUAUGCUAUCGGAGGGGAUGUGCGAAGGGAAAACGCCGCCAGCCUGCGGGGCGCAGCGGCCCGCGUUGCGUCUGGUGCGUUCGGUGGAUGAGGUGAUGAAUCGGACGCGGUCGAAACAGGUGCAUUUGGAUGGGAAUACGAUGGAUUUGGCCGCGCAAAAGAUCAUGGUAUGCUUUUCCUGCGCCUCUGUCGAAUAUCAGACACUUUUCGAGCGCAAUCCGGCACUCGCGAAUUCUGUUAUGGUGCCAAAAUUCGCGGAAUACUGUGACAGCGAGGCGGGCGUUCAGCAAUUGGCUCCGUACGAGAAUUGCCGAUCGGCCUGUGUUACGGCCUCCAAGUCCCAUACCGACCUCACGUUUUUAUACGUGGAUGUGCAGACAAGGUGUUCUCUGCAAUGGAACAUCGACCUGUUGAAG